CUCACAAGGAAUGCUAAAUAUUUUGUUAAAAAUUAAAAUCAUAAUAAAUUUUGAUUUCUAGAAUUUUCCAAUCUUAAAUUCAUGAUCAGUCAAUACAAUGGACGAUAUUGAACAACAAUGUGAAGAUGCAGUUUUUGAAGUCUGUGAUGCUCGAGAACGAUAUCCAUCACGAUGUGCAGAUGAACUUCAGAAAUCUAUUAAACUAAAAAGUGAUAUGAACAUGCUGAAGAAAUUUCAAAAAUCAAUUAUAAAUGAUCUACCUGUUUUACAGCAAGACAAAUAUAUGAGAGAAAAUCUUAAUUUUAAUAAAAAUAAAAUAUGUUUUGAUUAUUUAGAUUCUAAAUUGCAAAAUACUAUAAAUAAAUUGAAUAAUUUAAAAGCUAUUAUGGAUCAAAUUGAACGAGAAAAGACAUGUUGUAUUAACAAGUUAUUAGAACAUUAAAUUGAUAUACAACAAAUUAUUUUAAAUAAUAUACAUUUAUUUA